CUCAACAACGCAGUGACGUUUCGUAAUUUACUUCGAAAACUUAGCAAAAUUUUUAAAUUAUUUUAGAUCUACCUUUUACUAUAAAAUGAAUUUCAAAAUUUUUAUGCCACGUAGUGAUAUGUGAUAUUUAACGGAUUUAUUAAACACACUAAGUGAAAACACUCCACCAUGACUACGAAGGAACUUUACACUAAGGGUGCCCGUGUGUGGGUGGAGCACCCCGUGAAGGUGUGGGAAGGUGCGACCGUCACCAGUGACUACCGCUCAGGUGUGGUCAUUGUUGAAAUUGAUGACUCCAACGAAAUACGACAGAUUGAGAUAACAGAUGAGUCUCGUAUGCCGCCACUUCGCAAUCCAUCACUACUGAUUGGCCAGAAUGAUCUCACUUCCCUGUCGUACCUUCACGAGCCAGCUGUGCUGCAUAAUCUGAAAGUUCGAUUCUGUGACCGCAAUGCAAUAUAUACAUACUGUGGCAUCGUUCUCGUUUCCAUCAAUCCAUACUAUGAUCUACCAAUAUAUGGCGAUGAAACAAUCAUGGCAUACCGUGGCCAGUCCAUGGGCGAUUUGGACCCACAUAUAUUCGCAGUUUCCGAAGAGGCCUAUACUAAGCUGGAGAGAGAGCGGCGCAAUCAAAGUAUCAUUGUGAGCGGUGAAUCUGGUGCCGGAAAAACAGUAUCAGCUAAAUACGCGAUGCGUUACUUCGCGGCUGUGGGCGGCAACGCCAGCGAAACACAAGUUGAAAGGAAGGUGCUGGCUUCCAGUCCUAUAAUGGAGGCGAUUGGAAAUGCAAAAACCACUAGAAAUGAUAAUUCUUCGCGUUUCGGGAAAUUCAUUGAGAUCCACUUCGAUGGCCAAUAUAGGAUAACUGGUGCAAGUAUGAGGACUUAUCUGCUGGAGAAAAGUCGUGUCGUGUACCAGAGUCCUGGGGAGAGGAACUACCACAUUUUUUACCAACUUUGUGCGGCGGCUGCGCUGGACAAAAUGCCGGAGUUAGAAUUGGACCAUCAAGACACUUUCCAUUACUUGAACCAAGGUGGAAGUCCUAAAAUCGAUAAAGUCGAUGAUUAUAAAAUGUUUAUAGAGACGAAAAAUGCGCUGACCACUUUAGGAGUGACAGAGUCGGAACAAAAAAACAUGUUCACGGUAUUGGCGGCCAUUUUGCAUUUGGGUAACAUAGGUUUGACUUCUAACCCAGAAGCAACGGAUGCCAAUCAAGAAGGAGCGUAUAUACAUCCAAAUGAUAAACACCUUAUAACAGUGUGUUCCUUACUCGGGGUGUCGAAGCCUACACUUUCGCGUUGGCUCACCCACCGCCGCAUUGCGUCCGCACACGAGGUGAUCGAGUCGCAAAUGGACAUGCAGAGGGCGGUGUUCGCGAGGGAUGCCCUUGCUAAGCGAAUUUACGGCGAAUUAUUCUCUUGGCUGGUCCAGGUUGUUAAUAGAGCGCUGGAUACCGAAAAAUCUACCAAGCAUUUUAUUGGUGUCCUGGAUAUUUAUGGCUUCGAAACGUUUGAGAUUAAUUCCUUUGAACAGUUUUGUAUUAAUUACGCUAAUGAGAAGUUGCAACAGCAGUUUAAUUCCCAUGUCUUCAAGUUGGAGCAGGACGAGUAUAUUAAGGAAGAAAUUUCAUGGAAAAUGAUAGAUUUCUACGAUAACCAGCCCUGUAUCGACCUGAUUGAGGACCGUUUGGGUAUUCUAGCGCUUUUGGAUGAAGAGUGUCGAGUGCCUCAGGGUUCAGAUAUGGGAUUCGUCAGUAAAUUACAGGAGAAAUGUUCCAAGUACCCGCAUUUUUUGAAACCGAGGUUUGGUGCCGCUGCGUUUAUAAUAAAACACUUCGCUGAUAAAGUAGAGUACCAAUGCGGUGGAUUCUUAGAGAAGAAUAGGGACACAGUAUUAGAUGAACAGUUAGAAUGUAUAAAAUCAUCGACAAAUUGUCGUCUGAUCAGUACCAUGUUUGCUGAGAAACAGACGGACCAUUCUUCUACGUUGCCCCCGCCUUCUAGAAGACGCGCUAUGGGUCCUAUAGGUAGUCUAACUCAACCUCCUCGCCGUGCUAGUCAAAAACAAACAGUAGGAGCACAGUUUAGGCUGUCCCUGUCGGCGCUGAUGGCGACAUUAUCAGCCACAACACCCCAUUACGUUCGCUGCAUCAAACCGAAUGACACAAAACAGCCCUUCCAAUUCGACGCCGCGAGAGCUGUCAAUCAGUUACGAGCUUGCGGUGUUUUGGAAACUAUACGAAUUUCAGCCGCUGGUUUUCCUUCAAGAUGGCUGUAUCAAGAUUUCUUCUACAGAUAUCGCCUCCUUUGCCGCUCAAAAGAGAUAGAUAGAUCGGAUAUAAAAAAAACCUGUUCCAUUAUCUUACAGAGAUAUGUUAAAGAGUUGGAUAAAUACCAGUUCGGUGCUACCAAAAUAUUCUUCAGGGCUGGCCAGGUGGCAUAUCUAGAAAAAGUACGUGCAGAUCUGCAACGGACGUACUGUGUUUACGUACAAUCUUGCGUGCGCGGUUUCUUGGCUCGUAGGAGAUAUAUGCGGGUCAUGAAGGCCAUCAGGGGCAUACAGGCAUAUGCUAGGGGCCAUAUAGCUAGAACGAAAGCCCAAGAGAUCCGUCGCAGACGGGCUGCAAUAAAAAUACAGAAACAUGUUCGCGGUUGGAUCUUAAGGAAACGCUAUAAUAAAUUACGUAAACUUACGAUUGCACUCCAAGCCCGCAUUAGAGGAUAUCUUGCGAGAAAGAAUUACAAGGAGAUGAGGUUCUUACAAGCGACCAUCACAAUACAACGAUACGCGCGGGGUUACUUGGCUCGUAAGAGAGUCUGUCAUUUGAGUAGAAAUAUUGUCGUCGCGCAGGCAGCUAUUCGCCGAUUCCUGGCCCGUCGACAAUAUAAACGUCUUCGCAUCGAAGCAAGAUCGAUAGAUCACGUAAAGACGCUAAACAAAGGUCUGGAGAAUAAGAUCAUUUCAUUGCAGCAAAAGCUUGAACAUUACCAGAAUAAAUCAAAAAUGAUUGAGCCAUUGCAGGCUACGAUUGUGGAGUUGAGGACCAAAUUAGAUAAUUUGAAAACAAUCGAAAUUGAGACAAAAACUCUCAAAGUCGACAUUCAAGAUAAGGAUAACAUCCUAACAUUGCUGAGAGUGGAGCUGGAAAAAGAGAAGGACAGUAACAAGAAACUAGCGGAGGAGAAGAAGGAAAUCGAGUUACGCUAUAAGAAGGAGAAGGAACAGAUGGAGAUGGAGAGCGAGAAGCUGGCAAAUGAGUUACGAAGCUCCAAGGAACAUUACGAAAUGCUUGUUGAAGAACGAGACAAGAGGCAUGAAGCGGAGAAGAAGGCGCUUUGUCAGGAGUUGGAGAAUGAGAGGCAGAGUCGGCAGAAGUUGCUCUCCUCCCAAUAUGAUCUUCAGGAGAAGAUAGACUCUAUGCAGCGAGUACCCGAAAGGACACAUAAAAGAUCAUUGUCCGAUGCUAAUAACUCACAACAGGAGGCGGUCGUUGAAGAUGACUUUGGUUAUGGAUCAGUUCGUUCAGUGGAAACCACUAGACCUGCUUUGGAAGCCGUCAAUUGGUCAGCUGGAUCGCAUAACGGACCGUCACCGAUUGCAGAUGCAGGGCUUGUACUUCGUAUGCAAAACCGAAUUUCUAUCUUGCAAAGUGAAUUAUCAAGGACUAAAAAGCGAGCUACAGAUUUAGAAGACAGACUGACGAACCGACUUUUGCUUCCACCCUCGAAUCCAGAUAGCGACAGAUUCAAAGUGGAAGAGCUGGAAAUUGAGAAUAAGAAACUUCGGGAGCAAAUACACAGACUCCGAGCUACUGGAGACAGUAUUCUGCUUUCCAAGGAAGUUAUAGGACAAAUAGACGCAAUGCAACAGGAGUUGGAUAGACGCCGCGACGAAUGUGUUCAACUAAAGAGCGUGUUGUCGCAUCAGAAACCAUGGUUCCAAGCGUUGAAAACUGUUACUGUCAAUCUGAAGUCGCUAGCAUCGAACUAUGGGUCUGAUGUCGACAUCAUCAAUGGAGAUGGAGAGCUGGCUGCCGCCUAUGAAACCCAAAAGGGAAUUAAUAGACAAUUACAAGAAGAGCUAACAGCCGAGAAGCAGUUCUUCGCUGAACACAUGUCCUAUGCAAAGACGGAGAUAGAGAGACUGCGGGAGGAGAAUGAGAAGUAUCAGAAAUUAUUAAGCACAGAUCUAAGCGUAGAGCCAAAGAAUAAAACCCAAGAAUAUGCGCAGAAUGAAAUUAUUCGUCUCGUUGCAGAAAGUUUAGCCAUACAGGAACGUGUGGACAAGCUAUCAGAUUGCUGUCGCCGUUAUAAGAAUCAAAUUCGUAUGCUGAUCAACAAGUUGAAGGAGGCUGGUGUUGAAGAUAUUAAGGAGAUUUUAGAAGGAAAUGAUACAAUAAUAUCUCCGAACACAACUGUCCCAUUGGAGAUGGCUACUGUGACCAGAAAGAAAGAGAGGGAGUACCUCGGAAUGUUCGAAUAUAAAUUGCAAGACGAACACACGAUCAUCAAAAAGCUUAUAAUUGAUCUUAAGGCCCACGUAGCGACGACACUACUCCCAGGUCUUCCAGCCUUUAUCCUCUUCAUGAUGCUACGUCACACAGACCACGUCGACGAUGAGCCCAAGAUGCACUCCUUGAUGAAGGGAAUCCGAACUGCCGUCAAGAAGACCCUAAAGAAACGAUCUGAUAAUUCGGAGUACAGCAUUCUUUGGCUCGCUAAUAUGUUGAGAUUUCUUAACAACAUGCGCCAAUACAGCGGUGAUGAGACUUAUCAAUCAAGCAAUACGCCCAGACAAAACCAACAGAGUCUACGUAUCUUUGACUUGUCGGAAUAUCGGCAAGUGUUGAGCGACAUCGCAAUUUGGAUAUAUCAAGGACUCAUAACUCACAUGCAGACCCAAUAUGAACGCCUAAUUGUGCCAGCGAUACUAGAGUACGAAGAAAUAAGUGGACUCUCCAGCCCCAAAGCUGUUCCUACUCCUGCGGCCUCAGCAGGCCCCACCAGGCUGAAGCAUGACUUGGCUGUUAUGCAUGAACAUCUCAAAGUGCAUCAGGUUGAUACACCGCUACGUGCUAUGAUCUUUAAACAGCUAUUCUACUUCAUCUGCGCCUACAGCCUCAAUCAGUUGCUCCUGCGCAAGGACCUGUGCUGCUGGGCUAAAGGGCUACAAAUCAGGUACAACAUCUCACACCUGGAGACCUGGAUCAAGGAGAACCUGUCUGAAUAUGGCCAGAAAUGUGUGGAGGACACCUUAUCGGUCCUAAAGCCGAUAACACAGGCGGUUCAACUGUUACAAGCGAGAAAGUCAAUGGCCGAUGUCGCAAGUACUGUGGAGAUGUGCGCCGAUCUGACGGCUAUACAAGUUUGUAAGAUUCUCAACAUGUACACACCGGCUGAAGAGUACGAGGUGAAAGUAACGAAGGAAUUUAUACUCGAAAUACAAAAGCUGAUGAAGAACAGGCCUGGUGCUGAGUCGGAGUCUAAAAACCUGUUGAUGGAUUCAAAAGUUAUAUUCGCAGUUCAGUUUUAUUACAGCCCUUCGUCAAUUCGUCUUGAAGACAUCGAAGUACCCGAUGUACUGGAAUUGGACGGUUUACUCACUAAAAUCUAAACAUGUCCGAAUCGUGUUGGGCAUUUGGGGGGACACGUUGGUCACAUGUGAGUUACAUAAUGUCUGUCACGUAUGAGUAACGCCUCAAUAUGUCACUACAAACAUUGUGUCAGUCUCGUGUGACAUACAAAAAGUCAGUCUCAUGUGUAAUUAAUUGUGUCGGUCGUAUAUUGGACACAUGUGCGUUGCAUUUGGUCGCCAACAUAUGACUUAAUACAAUAUUCGGUCUCAUGUGAGCUUUAUUUUAUCGGUCAUGCUUGUCCUACAUUGUGUCAGUCACAUGUGACUAAAUAAAGUCAGGCGCGUCUGAACUUCUCUUGUUUACAUUUGGUGUAUAUUCGGAUUUUGUUCGUUAUAUAAAAAUGUAUGUAUCCAGUAUUUAACAUUUGCAAUAGACAUAGAUAUAUUAUGUAUGACAAUGUAUGAGAUUUCUGUAGCCUAUUUUAAAAAAACAUAUUUUUAUUGCAUUUAAAUAUUACGUAUAUCAGCCAUACAGUUGUGUCUUUGGAUUGUUAAGUUUAAUAGAUUAUUUAGAUUUAAGUAUUAAACAUUCCGUAUUAGUGUUGCUAUAUUUAGAGAAUAUCUCCGCAAACUGCUAAUGCGCUGGAACAAUAGUACAGUUAGCAAGUCAAGUGUUGAUGUUUAAUGCAGAUGCCGAUUUAGGUGAUGGACUUCCGAAAAUAGCCCUAGGCACGAAGGCACAUACAGCUGACCUACUUGCCUCAUAAAACAAUUUUAAUGAGGUCCAGACCUAAAGGUUGUAGCGAGAACAUCCUAAUACCGGCAUAAUCGACUAAUCU